AUGAAGGUGGCCGAGAAAGUUAUUCUCCUGCUUGACGGCGGCGACGCCCUAUCAGCCGCCGUAUCCAGCGGCCUCAACCCGAUCCCAAGCUCAAACUUCAAAAUGCUAAAAGAGUAUUUUGGAUUGCCUUUAGAUGCUUACGGAAUCAAAGAUCAGAAGGCAUCCGGAGAGAUCAUUCAUUCUGUCAAUCCCAGUGGUGAUUAUGAGGUGUCUAUUGUGCUCUUGCAAAGUUACGAGCCACCAAUCUUAGCUUGUGCUUUGAAUGAGGUAUUGCUGAAAUUGGCUGGAGAUGAUUUGUCCUGUACACCAACACUCAUAGUCCCUUGUGUUGUGCUAGAAUCUAAGCUCAAACAAGAAAACAAAUAUUCCGUGGGAAGUGAUAAUGCUUCAGUUUAUGGCAUUGAAUUAGGUCCAAAAAGGGAUUUAACUGAGGCUUUGAGCUCCAAAUUGCAAAAGCCCUCUCCAUUUUUGCAGGUUUAUCGUGAAGAUUUGGCCACACUGCUUCAUUUGUUAACUGCCAUGAAACUUCCUGCACUUGUGCUGAUUGGUCAAAGCUGUCAGCGUGUGGCAAGUAAAAACUCCAAAGAUGAGCUGGAGGUAAUAUGCCAGAUAGGGGAUCACUUAGCAAGCUUUUCUGGUCUCCUUUUCUCAAAGGACAAGACAGUUCAAAAUCCACCCAAGAAGUCAAGGGACAACAAAGAGGCUUGGCAAGCGCUGCGAUCUACAUCUUUAACAAUACUGAAGAUUACUACGAGUAAUCUCCAUAGCAUCCAUUCUGACAGUCCAGUUGCUGCUAAAUCUUAUGCAAAUCUUGCAGUCCCUCUUAAUUUUGGGUCAGUUUUCUUGUGCAUAGUCGCAAUAGCUUUUUACACAAUUGAAUCGUGUCAAAAUGGAUCUGAAAUACCAUUGGCAUCUGCAUUUUCUCCGAGAAAACGACAACAAUUUACUGUGACAGUGGAGUCUCCUUAUAUGGUUACUGCAGUGGAACUUAUCCUUCUGAGAAUGUCCCACUACUUCAACUUGCUUCGCCUGGACACCACCGUGAAAAAACCUUCGUCCAAUCAGCCGAUCUUCGAUGAAAUCAAGAAGGCGGUUAAGGAACACAUGUCAUCAUUUUGUUUUUGA